AUGUUUGGUUUCAAGCACACUAUGAACAAGUACGAGCACAACACCAAUGCUUUUAGAGCGCUCAGGACACGGCUUUUCAGUCGAGUCCUGCAAGUCAACGGUCCAAAUAACCUGAGUGCCCUUUACCCGCGUCUCCUUGCGGAAUUGGACAGCAGUCUAAGCAAAGAGCUUCACAACGGACGAACAUGCCUGCCUGUUGCGCAGACAGUCCGCCGGAUGGCCUCGAAGCUCAUGAGCAUCAUGUUCUUUGGUGAAAGUCUUGCCUCUGACGAGGAAUUCUCCAACGCACUCUUACGAUAUCCUCGGGAUAUAGUCAGGUGCAUGGCUGCCUUCCAGAUAACGCCGUCGUUCAUGUCCCCUAUCAUGCACAUGAUUCUCACAAACCGGGGUCAGGCCAUGCGCUUGAUCCAGUCUCGCCUUCGUGAGUACAUGGGCCCGGGUCGCUCUAAUUGGAACGAACCUGAACCCACCAAACAACUCACGAUCAUGCACAACAUGGCGGAACUGGCAGACACCAGCGACUACUGGGAUCCCGAGCUGCUUUCGCAGUCUCUCCUGGGGAUCUGGUUCGCAGCCUCUCACCAGCCGUGGAUGAACCUGCACUUCAUUAUACUAGAGCUGUGCGCCCGGAAGGAGUGGCAGGCUUCGCUCCGUCAGGAGCUAGAGCAGCAUCUUCCGCUGGAUUACGAGACUCUGGAGCAUUUGCCUCUUCUGGACAGCUUCAUCAAAGAAACCGUCAGGCUCAACCCCCUGGAUACGCGUAUGAUUGCAAUCCGCAGAAAGGCACUGGAGCCGUACAACUUCUCCGACGGCACCUUGUCCGUCCCCGCAGGUGCCACGGUCUGCGUAUCAGCGUAUGACCUUAUGCACAACCCGGAGACUUAUCCCGAGCCUGAUAGCUUUGAACCUCGUCGAUUCCUACCGGAUGAUGCCAGAGACCAGCAGCGGAGGUUCACAGAAAUUUCGGAGACGUUUCCGUCCCGGUCGAUUUCACGCCUCGCUGGCGAUUAA